AGGCUGCCCUCAAUGCAUCUCCCAUCUGGAGAUCUCAGAGCUGGGGAACUAGCUCCCCUGGGGGAAACUGAGGCCCAGCAAGUGGCGGAGCUGGGAGAGAUCCCAGGUGUCCUGGUUCUAUCGUUCUGGUCACGAGACCACGUGCUCUGGCUUCCUCGCUGCCUCCCCCACUUCCAGCACCAACUGGAAUCGCAUCCCAGUGCUGAGCCUGGCCCCGGCGACAGGCCAGCUCAUGGCUGCCUUGUGACAUCAGAAAGCCCGGCUGGCUAAGCAGCAGGGCCUGGGCUAAAAUGGCCAGAUUAGUUUUACACGGGAGCUUGAGGGCUGCAGGCCAGGCCAGCACCUUGGGGCCCCUCCCCCAGAAAGGGAGUGAAGAGGGGAUCGGUUUGUGCCCUGGAAGAUGGGACUCUGCCAGGCCCGGCUUCCUAAAACUGCUAAGCCACUGAAACCUGAACUGCAGGAGAAGCUGAAGUCGCAAGUCAUCAUCUUCGUGAUAGGAGGCCCGGGCUGUGGCAAAGGGACACAGUGUGAGAGGCUGGCUGCCAAGUACCAGUUCCAGCACCUGGGCCUCGGGAGCCUCCUGCGGGCGGAAGCCAGCCAGCCCACGCGCCAGGGGCGACAAAUCAAGGACAUCCUGAUGAAAGGAGCGCUCGUGCCUUCAGGCUUCAUCCUUGACCUGCUGAACGACAACCUGCUGCAGAGAGAGGAGGCGAAGGGCUUCCUGGUCAAUGGCUUCCCCCGGGAGCUCAAGCAGGCCAAGGACUUCGAGCGUGUGGUGGGGCGUCCUCCCAACAUCGUGAUCGUCUUGGACUGCUCGACAGAGACCAUGAUCCAGCGGCUGCUGCUGCGGGGCCAGACCGGCCAUCGGGCCGACGACCACGAGGCCUGUAUCCGCCAGCGGCUGGAGACUCACUACUCACUGUGCGAGCCCGUCAUCAGCUACUACCAGCAGCAGAACCUGCUCAGAAACAUUCUAGGCGAGGAGCCGGAAGACGCCAUCUACACAAAGUGCUGCUUCGUCAUCGACAGCCUCGUUUAG